GCUAUUUUUACGACUUGCAGAACAGGUUUUCCUACAUGUGUAUAUUGUGUAUACGGGUGGGAAUAGAAUUUUCAGAGGAGUGAUGUUUUGUUAUUAAUUUUCGCAUCGCUGUGUGAUUAAUUACACACUUUAAUUUCAAGUCUGCAACCCAUCAGUCAUACAUGGAAAGGCUGAGUCUGUGUUUGCUGCUGCUGCUGGCUCAGCUCAGUAAUAUUGGAGCGGUUCCAAGCUUCAACGAUGCAGAGGCAAAUAAUCUUAUUGAGAAGCUUAAGAACGGGAUCAGAGAAGAAAAUGCGAGAUAUGCGCUUGGUAUGAUCAACUGUUAUGAUCCGGCUACUCCCAAUAAUGAUACCCGUAUCACCAUAGAAGAGGGCGUGAACUUCAUCGAGCUCUUGCCAUAUAACUUCAAUUUUGGGACUGUCUAUGUCAAAGCUGGACUGGAUUAUGAGAUUCUUGUGAGCAACAAGAACCAACAGAAUGAGAAGACCAUUUCCCUAGCAUGUACCAGCGUUAAUGGAAAGGUGGUUGUGGAAGCCAAAAUGGUCAUUAAUGAUAUCAAUGACAACACACCAGUGUGGAUUGGAGACUCCUACUCUGCUAGCAUUAACGAGGUACUCCCUGGUCCAUUGCCGAUGGCGGUGAUAGUUGAUCCACCAAUCAUUGUGGAGGACAGGGAUGGUGUAGACAACAGCAAUGUUAUCCCGAACUGCACCGCCAUUGAGAUCUCCCCCGGUAACAUUUUAGAGCCUUGCAUUAAUGGAAAGUACUUCAACUUCCAAGCACACCCCUAUAAUGGACAGAGUGACUAUCGCCGCUGGUAUUUUAACAUCACCGCAACCAGACUGACCUACACAGGGAUCACCUCGUUCAAAAUCAUCCUGAAUGCAGUUAAUGCUCCAAUGAGUGCUAGUGAGAAUACCCGUAUCUCGGAGACGCGUAACGUUCUUGUGGUGGUCCAAGACAUCCAAAAUAUGCCACCCAUCUUUGAUCAGAACACCCUCUCCUUCACCAUGUCUGAAGCCCGGCAACCGAGAGUCGAAGUUGAAGUGGGCAAAACUAUCCGCGCCUCAGAUCAAGACACUGGCACACCAAAUGCAAUUCGUUUUGUGCUUCUGCGAAACCCAGAUGACGGAUAUGCGUUUGAUCAGGGGUUUUUCGAGCUCGGAACCACAGUGGAGUCUUUGCCUGGACGUGUCCAGUACGCUGUCCAAUUGAUAUUGAAGAAGAGCAUAGACAGGGAAGCCAUUCCAAACGAGGGUAAAACACUAGCCCUCAACAUUCAGGCCAUUGAGUACGAUCCUGAGAACAGAACUAAUCGCAAUCCCAUGAACACAACUAACAUCGUGAGCAUCCAGAUCGAAGAUGUUAAUGACAUGCCGCCUAAAUUUAACCAGCCAGUGUACACGUACAGAAUAGGAGAGAAGACAAACAUCGUCACUAAUGACUACCAGCAGUUGACAGGAGAUGGCUUCCAGAUUGUAGUUUCUGAUGAUGACUCUUUCCUGUACAACAGCUUUGAGGUUUCGAUCAUCAGUGGUGGGCGUAAUACUGAUUUCUCUUUCCUCAACUUCACCAGAGGUCAAAGGUCACAGGCUUUUCUGCUUUACGUCAGGUCACAGCUUCUCGACUUUGAAACAGGGGAGAAGAAUUAUUCUUUGACAUUACAAGCCCGUGAUACCAACAGACCAGAGCUGACAUCCACAGCUGUCGUGCGGGUGGAAGUUUCUGAUGUGAAUGACAAUUCCCCAGUGUUUCUCAAUUCCAGCUACAAUUUUUUUGUCAAAGAAAAUGUACCUUUGCAGACAAUUGUCGGAACUAUUCGUGCAACAGACGUGGACGGUCCAAGUUAUGGUAUUGUUAGUGCUUACGAGAUCAAAGAUACCUCAGACACGUUCAUCAUUGACAACAAUGGGAACAUCAUUCUUACCAAGGCACUGGACUUUGAAACGCGCACCACAUACACGUUUACAGCAACUGCUCUAGACAACGGCAUUGGAAAUGAAAAAAAAUCGGGUACUACGCGUGUGAACAUUGUUGUAGAAAAUGUGUUUGAUGUCGGGCCGAUCUUUCGUCAGAGUUAUCAGUCCUCCAUUUUUGAAGAGUCUUUGGAUCUGCUGCCCAGCAUAGUUGUCAGGGCGGAGAACCAGGAGUCACAGGGGCAGAUUACCUACUCGAUCCCCAAUGUCACUCCAAGCACGCUACCUGCCAACACGUUUUCAGUGAACCCAACAACAGGAGUUGUUUCAGUCCUUCGCACAAUCAACUAUAUGAACACUGAUAAUGGAACUAUAUUUGUGACAUUUCGGGCAACAAGUGAUGGUGGUCUGUUUAACGAUGCUAUAGCAACAAUCACAGUUUAUGACUUGAACAACUUUGAGCCUGAGUUCCUACCGGCCGGCCAGAAGCAGUUCAGUGCCAGCGUUAGUGAGCUGGCUGCAGCAGGGUUCGUUGUUAUUGACCUGAAUGUUAGAGACAAUGACACAAGUUCUUCAAACAACGGAAGGGUGGAAUUCCAGAUAGUCAGUGGGGCAAAUGACGACUUCACCAUCCGACAGGACUCCGGAGAAAUCAUCGUCACAGCUAAUGCCAAAUUGGAACUGGAGAAACAGGCCCUUUACAUCAUUCUGGUUGAAGCUCGUGACAAAGGAAAUCCACAAAAAUCUGCAACUGCGACAGUCAGCAUCUCCAUACUAGAUGCCAACAAUAAGCCUCCAUCCUUCCAGGAACAACUCUAUGUGUUCCAGAUCAACGAAGGCGAUCCUGUUGGCAAACAGAUUAACCGCACUGUGGCCACGGACCCUGAUACCAGCGGUGUCCUCAGUUACAGUAUCGACUAUGCUACGGCCAACUUUGAAAAACGGGGGAACAAAAUUGAGACGUUUAUUGAUGCCAAGACCAUUCUGAGGAUUGUGAACAUGACAGGAAUGCUUGAGGUUGCCGGGGCAAUAGAUAGAUCCACUUACGAUAGGAUUGACUUCAAGGUGAUAGCGACUGAUGUCAACACACCAGCCAAUCAACCCAAACAGACGGCAACAGCAUCGGUAAUGAUAUUCAUCUUGGCGGCUGUUGAUCCACGGAUCUAUUUUGAUCCUCCAUGGACUCGCGAUCAACCAAUCAUCCGUAAGACGUAUUCAGAAUCAAUGAACAGCGGGUACCAGGUGAUGACUUUGAGGGCUACAGAUCCAGUGUUGUCUGAGUUUGUCGAAACCUACCAAGAAGUUCCUGCAACGGACAGAGAUGACUAUUUCCAAGUUAAUGGAAGAAACGUAAUCAUCAGAAAGCCCCUUGAUUAUGAGGCUCUACCAUUCCCUAAGACCGUGUCUGUUGUUGUGUGGGCGAUAUCCAGGGACGGGCUGCGGACUGGUACAGCAACCAUAGAGAUCAAUGUACAGGACCUUAAUGACAAUGAACCAGUCUUUGACAAACAGGUGUACAUGUUGAAAGUGCCAGAGGACAGGAAGCAUCCGUUCAGGGUAGGGGAGGUCAUGGCGACAGACGCUGAUUCCACAAGCUACGGGGACAUUACCUACUCACUGGCAGGGUCUGGUUCAUCAGACUUUGGAGUUUAUACCGAGACGUCUGGAUCGAACAUGAAAGCCGUGAUCUUUGUCUCAGAGACGGCAAAUCUGGACUAUGAGACGUACCCCGAGUACAACCUGCAGCUGAUAGCCGAGGACAACGUCCGUAGCACCACCGAUGUCAAGAACCGAGCGUCUACCACGUUGAUCAUCAUUGUGGAGGACAGGAACGACAUUGUCCCUCAUUUUAAUGAAGACCUCUACGAGUUCAGCAUCAUUGGUACCCAGGAGACUGGCAUUGACGUUGGCUUCGUGUUUGCUAUGGACGAGGAUUCGGGACUGAAUGGAGAAGUUGAAUAUUCGUUAAACGUUUUAAACAACGACGAGCAAUACUUUGGCAUUGAAACUGUCAACGUUGUCUCGUCCCGCCUGGGUGAGAACUUAAAACGAGGAAGGAUAUUCGUACGCAGAAGUCUGGAGUCAUUGCCUGAUAGGAAAAUCUUCUCCUUCGAUGUAUUUGCUAGGGACAAGGGCACAUCACCCAAGCAAGGUCAAAGCAAGGUGAAGAUAACAGUCAGCAAAGGUGUCCAAGACCUCAAACCAAAGUGGAAUGAUACCAUGCCAUCAAAAAUCCAAAUUCCAGAGAAUAGACCGUUAAAUUCGGAAGUUACCAGGGUACAGGCCUUCCCGGCAAACGCAUCAUCGAGUAUCAGGUACUCCUUCCUUGGUACUGGCGACACCUUGCGGGACUUUGAGUCUUUCAACAUCGGUGCAAAUACCGGCAUCAUCACUGUCGCCAAGACUUUUGACUACGAGCAAAAGCACAUAUACAAUGCAAGUAACGGUGACAAGUGGGAGUUUGAUUUGCAAAUCCUUGCCACUGACUCCAUGAACACAACCCUGACCAACCAGUUCCUUCUGAUUGUUGAAAUUACUGACGUCGAUGAUAACGACCCAUCAUUCACAACUUGCCCAAACAGACGGUACCAAGGAAGAAUUUAUCCUAUACCGGUUCCUGUAAAUGUGAGGGAGGAGGAGCCCAAAGGUCUAUUUGUGUACCAGGUGCAGGCCUGUGACCUUGAUCAGCAUCCCAACAACAUCAUCAACUAUGUGUGGUACAUGGACCCCUCACUGCUUGCUGAGCGCAGAUGCAACGAAACCAUCAUGCCCAUAUUCAACCUAAAUUCAACAACUGGAGUAAUCACCACCAAGGUGGUGCUAGACAGAGAGAUGAAGGACCAAUACUUACUGUGUGUGGAGGCAGUGAAGGCCCCUUCUCGCGGGAAACGUGACCUCAGCAGCGUUCUGACUGCUAAAAAUAUUAGCGACAAUGUGCUCUUUGUGCAGGUCAUUGUAGAUGAUGUCAAUGACAAAGGCCCCACUUUUGCCAAUGAUUCUUUGAGAACAGUGAUCAACAAGUACCCAGAUGACAGUACUGUGGCAGUGGCCGAAGCAGUUGAUCAGGAUCUGUCUCCUUCUAACCAGAUACGAUACUCCAUUGUCAACAUGACAUUCACCAUGAGAGGGAAGACACAAUCAGCACCUACGGCUUUCAUCAUCAAUGCUAAUGACGGCACGAUUUCAAUUGGCACUAACGACUACAGUGACUAUAUUGAUGGCUACUUUGACAUUCAUGUUAAAGCUGAAGACAUGAAUGGAGCAAAUACACCAGCGUCAUAUCAGAAGCACAGGGUAUACAUAACGGAUAGGACCAACUUCAUCCGUGUGGUGUUUGAUCGGCCUGCUGACUCGGGUAUCGAGAUUACUGUUCGUGAGAUGAUUACAGACUUGAACAAGCUCGAGGCCGGGCGUGUCUUCUAUAAGGUUAUGUCCGUCUCCUAUCAUGUGAGAUCCAACGUGGCGGAUCCUGAUUUCAGCGCCACUGACGUCUGUAUGGUGGUCGUGCGUGAUGACAGUGUCAUGUCUUCCCUGGAUGCUGUGAAAAGUUUGAACGAUAUGCCUGCCGUCCGCCAAGUGAUAUCAGGAAAGAAUGCCGGAGACGCUGGGACAUGUGACCCAGCUAUGAGCGUCUACCCCACGGGCUGGGAGAGUUACUGGUGGGUGUUGGUGGCCUUUGCCAUCUUCAUCUUUGUCUGCUGCUGCAUCCUCAUGGUGCUCAUCUGUGUUCUCUACAAAGACUAUAAUGAUUAUAUGAACAGCAGGAGAACUUAUAUGGUUCCUGGUCAGUGAAAUAAACAUUUGCCUAAUGACUGGAUCUAGGAAAAACAUGCUCAAACUAAAAUUAUAAAAUUUAACAAGCUGCUGUUAUGGAGGUUCAAUCAACAGAAAACUUGAGUGAACAUCACUUGUUCUAUUUUUAGAUGUAAAACAUGUACAUUUAGUCAUAUGUAACCCUUAACCACUCAGAUAUGCACUUUGACGUGUUUGUAGUUUCGUAAAACCUCAAAUUAAAUUUAAGACCUUUCUUAACACAUUCACAUUUUAAAGGCAUCAUUUCCAACCCUAAGAUACUGAUGAGCAGCAGACAGCAUUAAACCUAAACAGCAUACGGGUUACUCACAGGCUGUUCUGGUUUUAUGCUGGUUGCAAAAGCCAUUUUCCCUUCUGAGUGGGAAAGGGUUGAGACAUUAUAAUAUAUGCCUUAAACACAGUACGUUUUGAGGUUUGUAACAAUUAUACAAAAGAUAGUUGAAUUAAUUUAGACAGGUUGAUAAUUAUUGCAUAAUAGUUAACCUGUAUGUUGCAUUAUGUUCUUUUUGAAAUACUCAUACAAAUAAGUGAUAACAGUUGUUUCUCUCUCCACAUGAAUGUGUUGUUAGAAGUUGUUUCUGUUUAAUUGCAAACACUGAAUGUAAAAUGCAUCAGAUUCAAUAUAGUUGCUGAUGUAACUUUGUUAAUGUUUUACACAAACCUUUCAUUCCAUUGCUGUGUAUAUAUAUCAUAAUGUUAUUAAUAGUGUUACUUGAAGUGCUUUAUAAAUCAAGUUGUAUGUUUAAGAUAUAUAUUGAAUACAAUACACGAAUUAAGAACGAUGCUGCUCUUUAAGCUUUUAAGUUUGCAUAAACACUGAAUGUAAAAUGCAUCAGAUUCAAUAUAAUUGCUGAUGUAAUUUUGUUAAUGUUUUGCACAAACCUUACAUUCCAUUGCUGUGUAUAUAUAAUAAUGUUAUUAACCCUUUGCAUGCUGGGUAAUUUGUCGUCUUCUAAAAUGUUGUCUGCUGAAUUUCUAAAAUUAGCAUUUCUUCAAAACAAAAAUUAAAAAAAUACUAUCAGAAUAGCGAACAGUUUGGAUCCAGAUGAGACGCCACGUUCUGUGGCGUCUCACCUGGAUCCAAACUGUUUGCAAAGGCCUUUAAAAUUCGGUUCCCGCACUGAAAGGGUUAAUAGUGUUACUUUUAGUGCUUCAUAAAUCAAGUUGUAUGUUUAAGAUAUAUAUUGAAUACAAUACACGAAUUAAGAAUGAUGCUGCUCUAUAAGCUUUUAAGUUAUGUAGAAUAUUAUGUAUAAUAGUUUCACAUUCAACACUGGAUUGCCUUACAUUGUAUUUAAAGAUCUGAGCAGGGACCUUCACAUCUGGGGACAACAGAGCUUAAUGCAUUUGCAUAAAGUAUCAUCCCAGAUUAGUUUGUGAAGUCCGCACAGGAUAAUCAGGGAUGACACUUUCCCCUUUUUUGGAACUUAGUUUAAAGGAAGGGUCCUUAAUGGAAAUCCAUUCAAUACUGCACAGGCAAAUGUGGGACGACACUUUAUGGACAUGCAUUAAACCACGUUUUCCCAGAGCUCAUGUGUUAAUCGGUCACUGAUCAUAGCGUUCAGGCUAUUUGAGAGCCUAUGUAAAGCUGACUUUAUAAUAACUAUACUUGCAGUCUUCCUCUGAUACAAAUAAAUCAGUUGAUUAAACCAAGCAUUUCGUAUUAAGAUAUCAACAAUGUAUCUGCAAAAAACUGUAGUUUACUCAGUAGACAAAUGAGCAAGUGAUACAGUGGGGAAGCAUGGGAAUCCCCUGCAAUACUCGCUGUUAAAAUCAAAUGGCCUUGCUUUCUGUAACCAUAGAGAGAACAUCCUUCAGAUACGGACCUGAUGAAACUCUGCGAGGCCCUUACUUUAUAAACACAAGAUUGCAUUACCGGUACUUGCACGCAUUACUCAAUUGAAACGAAUCUCCCUCUACCUUUAAAUAAUCUUUUGAUAACAGUUAUGUUAAUAUGACUUCUAGACUUUAAGCUAAGGUGCUACGAAAACUUUGAUUGCCGUUUUUGUUCAUGGUAUGUUUUCAUGAAAAAGGCAAACAUUUAGAAUUGCACUGUUCUUUGUCUGUUCGACAACAUUGCUAAAAGCCUUUGGGAUUACCGGUAUGUUGGUUUCUUGUAAGUGAUCUUAGAAUUUCACAUGCACACACUGUUGAUGUUCUGUGCACGUCUCAAAACAAUCUCAUUAAAUUUAUCGCAAUAUUUUUAUAUUUAAAUAAACAUAUAUAUGUG